CAGCAGCAGCCGAGGCGAUGAAAUGCAGCAGCAGCCGCAGCAGCUAGCAACAGCUCCAGCCACAGCAGCCUUCCAGCUGGGAGACAGGAGGCGGGCAGGCACCAGUCCAGUCCCAGGGGCUAAAAUGCUCUUCUUCCCCUGAGCCUGUGGGCUGUCUCCUUUUUUUUUUACCCCCUGGUCUUCUUCGCAGCUGUGCCGGGUUGGUGGGGGGUGUUGGUGGUGGUUUUUUAUCCCUGGCCUUGGCUUUUCUUCCCAAAAAGACUCCGUGGCCCUUAACGGGAGGCUCGCGACUCCUUUGGUGACUGCAGUGGCUUCUUCUCCUCCUUCUCAUCCCCAACCCCACCUCCCGGCUUUGCUGCAUCCAUCCUUCCCUCUCCCAGGAUGGCGGAAGCUGAAUUGCACAAGGAGAGGCUCCAAGCUAUUGCAGAAAAAAGGAAAAGGCAGACAGAAAUAGAAGGCAAGAGACAGCAGCUCGAGGAGCAGAUACUUCAGCUGCAGCAUUUCAAGUCAAAAGCACUUCGUGAAAAAUGGUUGCUACAAGGCAUCCCUGCUAGCUCUCCAGCAGAAGAAGAAUCCAGGAAGAGGCAGGCAGAAGAGGAUGAGCUGAAGGUGAAAAAGCUGGAAAGCAACAUCCAUAGGCUAGAGCAAGAAAUAGAAAAACUAGAAAAUGAAGAAUCCCAAAUAUCUGCCAAAGAGCGUGUCAUAUUAGAGAAAUUAAAGGAGACUGAGAAGUCUUUUGAAGACUUGCAAAAGAGCUUCUCACAUCAAGAUGGAGAUGCAGUAAAUUACAUUUACUCCCAGAUCCCCGAACUCACAACCCUCUAUUCACGAACAACAGAACCAAUUGCUGGGAAAGACAGGACAAGCAGGGUGACUGCUUUGUACAGCAUGGAAAUUAAUGUGGAGAAAGACAAACAGACAGGAGAGACCAAGAUUCUCUCUACAUCCCCCAUUGGCCCAGAGGCUGCCCGUCAAAGAGGAAUCAAAGUCUAUGAUGAUGGUACCAAAGUAGUCUAUGAGAUGCACUCUGGAGGUGCAGUGGUAGAAAAUGGAGUACAUAAAUUAAGCUCAAAAGAUGUAGAUGAACUUAUUCAGAAGGCUGGACAAUCAAGCAUUAAAGGAGGUACUGUAUCAAUAGCAGAUGGGAACCUCAGCCACGCAAAGGAACAGAUGCUUUUCAAGGAAGCGAAAUUAGAGAUGGUGCACAAACCUAGCAAAAGGCAUUCUGGGAACCCUCGACAACAAGCAAAACUUUCUGGGGAUGACAUCCCUGAAGCCACCGCAGAUCACCCAGUAACAAUGAUAUUUAUGGGAUACCAAAACAUUGAUGAUGAAGACGAGACAAAAAAGGUGCUGGGCUAUGAUGAGACAAUCAAGGCCGAACUGGUCCUCAUUGAUGAAGAUGACGAGAAGUCGUUACGUGAGAAGACGGUGACUGAUGUGUCCACCAUGGAUGGAAACGCUGCUGAGUUGGUUUCUGGGAGGCCCUUAUCAGACACAACAGAACCUUCCUCACCAGAGGUAAAAGAAGAAAGUCUACCAAUGGAAAAAGUCCCAGAAGCAAAGGAUUUUAAUGUAUGGUCUGAUGACAUAAAUGAAAGCCCUGAAGUGAACGUGGCAGCUGUGAAAUCAUCUAGACUUUCUGAGGAUGACAUCAGGUUGAAAAAAGAACGAGGUCGUUUCUGUGCCAAUCUCCUGGAAUCUGCGAGUGUUCGUUCAAGGAAGGAAGAGAAAAUGGAAAUUGAAGACUUUGUCUCAGAGCAUAAAAAUGUCACAGUGGGGACUUCAACUUGUGCUGCAGACAAUCAAACUCACUUACUUUCCCCUGCUGCCAGUCACAAUGGACUUAAAGAGAGACAUGAAUCCUUGGACAGUGAAGUUGCUAAAGAAAUCAGAUAUCUUGAUGAAGUGCUAGAGGCAAACUGUUGUGAUUCUGCUACUGAUAACCCAUUUAAUGGGAUGACUUCCUCCUCUCCUGAACCAAGUGCAUCUAUUGUUGUAGAUGGCUCUGCUCCAUCUGUUCAUAUUACAAAUGAUUCUACAGCACUCAGUAAAAGUAGCAUCACUGUAGUUGGUGGGCAGGCAUCUCCCAUCACUGAACACAGUGGAAUAAUUGUAGUGUCUGGGAAACUAAAACCAAAUGGCCAUUCUCUGGAUGUACUGCAAGAGGAACACUGUGACAGUCUUAAAGUGCCAGUGAGUCCAUGCUCUUCCACAAGCUCAAGGUCUUCCAAAGAUGGAGAAGCAACACUGACCACCAUUAAAAAAGAAGCAAAGUUUGAGCUUAGAGCAUUUCAUGAAGAGAAAAAGCCAUCCAAACUUUUUGAAGAUGAGGAGCCACAAGAGAAUUAUAGGGUGCGUAAACUGAGACCUUCUGAGGAAAUGGUAGAGUUGGAAAAAGAAAGGAGGGAGCUCAUCCGAAGCCAGGCUGUCAAGAAGAACCCAGGCAUAGCCGCAAAGUGGUGGAACCCACCCCAGGAAAAAACACUGGAGGAGGAACAUUUGGAGUCUCACAAAAAAUACAAAGAGCGCAAAGAAAAACAGCAGCAACAGCAACCAUCAAUGCCUAUGAAACAUGUCUCUUACUCCCUUGCAUCACCUGAUCCAGCAAGCAUUAAAAAGGAUGAUGUUGUCACUGAACAAAUAGAUUUUUCAGCUGCAAGGAAACAAUUUCAAUUAAUGGAAAAUUCAGGCCAGGCAAGUAACACGACUGCACACAAGAGAUCAGGGACACCCAAAAUGUUCACUGUCCAACCCUUCUACAAACCAAUAGGACCAUCCCAAAUGGACCGUCGAUCAGUCACAGUUACCAGACCUGCAUCUGGGUGUGGACAAAGUGUGCCAGUUGGCAAUAAUGAUAUAACCAUUGUAAAGGCUGAGAAGGUCUCUUGCAUCUCAGAUGACAACAGUAUUCAGAAUAUUCCUGGUGACCUAGCACAAAUAUCUCCGUUCACUGAUCCCACAAAGCCAAGCCAGACAACCAAAAUGUGGUCAGAUGAUGCUGAAUUCACUAGUGCAAAAGCAGUUUUUACAGUGGUGAGAGAUGAUGAGCAGAGCAUAUUGGAACAGUUCUCAAGGUCAGUCAAUGUCUCUUCCCCUCCAGAAGAGUUGGACUCUGGUUUGGAUGAGUUGUCUGUGAGAUCCCAGGAUACAACUGUUUUGGAAACGCUCUCCAAUGAUUUCAGCAUGGACAAUGUAAGUGACAGUGGUGCCUCUAAUGAGACAAUGAAUGUCCUGCAAGAAAAUUCACUCACCGACUUUUCUUUGCCCCAGACCCCUCAAGCUAACACACCUUCUGAGUGUCAAGGAGAAAGUGUCUCGAAGUCAUUCAGUGACCACGGGUUUUAUUCUCCUUCCUCGCCCUCGCUUGAUUCCAUGCUCAUUGAUGAACAGUUGGAGCAUCAGGCUGGUCUGCUGGUUCAAAAUGCCAUUCAGCAAGCCAUAGCUGAGCAAGCUGAUAAAAUCAACUCCAAGCAAGCAAAAGAUACCACAGAACAAAAGAAUCGUCUUGUCAAGGAGCAAGAGGAGAAAGACAAAAAGACACUGUGUUCUGAAAAACAGCACAAUCCAACAUUUCAACCACCUCAGGUGUCGUCUCCAGUGCAGGAAAAACAGGAUACAGCACCAAAGAUUUCUGCAAUCCAAGACUCUGCACUCAGGGAAAAGCAGACCCUGCAGCCACCUCACACUGUGCAUGCCACCCAACCCGUCACUGUGGAGGAAACGAAGCCAGAAGUCAGCUAUUUCAGCAAGUACUCAGAAGCAGCUGAGCUCAGAAGCACAGCUUCCAUUCUGGCUAUGCAAGAAUCAGAGGUGACCGUAGGGCCUUUCAAACUAAGGUCAAAAAAGCAGAGGACUUUGUCCAUGAUAGAAGAGGAGAUCCGUGCAGCCCAAGAGAGAGAAGAGGAACUGAAAAGACAGAGGCAGGGUUUGCAGCUUACAAAGAGCCCUGUUGCAAAGAGUACACCUCCAUUGCCCACCAGAACGGUGACUUACAGAACUGCACCAGGUAAAAUAGAGAAGAUCAAGCCACCUCCAUCCCCAACUGCUGAAGCCCCUCCCUCGCAUCUCGACUCAACAUCAGAUGAAUCUGGAGGAUCCCAGAGGCCCAAGAACUUGAUGCAGACACUUAUGGAAGAUUAUGAAACUCACAAAACCAAGAGGCGGGAGAGGAUGGAUGAGAGCAGUUACACCGAUAAAUUACUGUCUAACAAGGUUACUUCUGAGGUCCUUGAGGCAACUAGAGUGAACCGCAGGAAGAGUGCCCUAGCACUGCGAUGGGAAGCUGGCAUUUAUGCUAACCGGGAAGAAAAUGAAUAGUUCUCCUAGUGAGAUGCGGGUUGUUUGUUUUUUUAAUUGCAGAGAUUGAGAAACCAAAUAGGAGAACAAAGUUUUAAUUUUUUUUAAAUGACAUCAUUUUAAUCUGAUAUUUAUAUCAAACGUACCAGUCUCUGUGAUCCAUAUCAACAGAAGCAGUUCAUAUAUAAUGUGUAUGUGUGUGUGUAGUACACACACACACACACACACACACACACACACACACACAUAUAGUACACGCACAAACACAAAAAGCUAUACUAAGAAGAGCUUAUGCUGCCCCCCCAAGGCAGAAAGAGGUUGUAGCCUUGGAACUGACACUAUCACCUGGUGGUAAAAAAGAGAAGCAGCAAUAAUCUGAGAGGACAUUUUUGGGAGCCAGUAGAAUGGACACCGGUUGCUUCCUUCAUACUGUCUUCUUCACAGCCUUGGAACAGGAAGAGUUUGGCCUAUACUGUAUACAAGAUGGCACCUCCUGUGGAAAUACAAAAUUGUUCAUAGUUGUGUGAAGCUCAGAAUGGCAGCUCUUCAUCCAUCUUACCAUCAGUGGCGUUAAGAAGAGGGCUAUUAAUCUGCUAUAUUCUGUAUAGCCAUAAUAUAUCAAGAUAUAUAUAUUGCUGUUCUUAACAAAUAAGGGGAAGGUUCUGAAGUCAGUCUAAUGGGUUAAAAAACAGAGGCUGUUCAACUGCAAAUGUGAAUGUACAAUCCAUAUGUUUAGCCAUAAACUACCGUUUAUUGCUUUUGGUGUAAUUUUGAAAGGUGGAGGGAGCGUGGCAGACUGUUCUCCUUUUUCUUAGUUCCUCACGGGCUGGUUUUUCCUGGAAAUUUGCCAUCCUUCUCUUUCAUAAUCAGUAUGCUUACAGUUUGUUUUUAAUAUUGCUGCACAAUCGAUAGGAAGAUUAAAGAAGGUAUAGAAAUGCCAAAUCAGAUUAAUAUUGUUCUAGUGGCCUGUAUGCUUGCAGUUAUCAAUUUGAACCAUUUUUUUUCUCAGUGGAUGUUUGCAUUAUCAUCCAUAUUCAACAUGCAACAGUUAUUAUAGUGUGGCAGGGAUGAAACAAGGAAAAAACCCAUAAAGAGGAAUCAAGGUGAGUUGGAAAAGCAAGGGCCAAAUCUGGAGAAUUUGAGUGUUCUUCAGGGAAACAGUAACUGUCAAAUCAGUUUAUUAUGGAGAUAAAUAUCUUUAACUAUAUUUAUACUACCAAAAGGUCAUAAUAUUAACAGAGCAUGGGGUGCAGUGGAAGGUGUUUUCUGUUACCAGAAAGUGAGACGUUGGAGAAGGUAACAGGGUGAAGUGGGAGAAGGAGAGUGGGGCCAAAGGUUUAUUUUUGCUGUUGCAACAGUGUUUUGAGGGCUCGAAGAUAAUAUAGCAUCUGUAGUUAAGUGUAGUCAGAGAACCAGUGACAAAGAAGCAUAGAGGGGCGGGGGGUGUUUGUAUGACUGAGGUAGAGAGAGAAGUUGGAAUAGCGAGCUAAUGAAGAGAUAUGGUUGUACAGAUUAUUUUCUCCAAAGCUGUUCGCCAGCUGUAAGGGUAUAAAACACUUCUUUUUGUAUGAAAAGGGAUAUUUUAAAGACACUAAACUGAUGCAGUAUUUGUAAUAACAAAGCUGACCUGUAUCCGCAUGAAUAAACAUUACAGAAAGUA